AUGGAGUCAAGCACCAGAGGUAAAGAUGCAGGCAAUUUGUCGGAAGAGGUCAAAUUAAGGAAGGCAGAGGAGAAAGAAAUACUGGAUCGACUGAGUGGACUAGAAAAUUUAUAUACAACGAUCGAGGAACUAAGGCGCCAAGUAAGUGUUUGCAGUCAAAAAGAUGUUACGGAUAAGAUUAUUAUCUUAUCCGUAACGUCAAAUAUUAUGUUUACAAAUAAAAAAAAAUUAGUUUCAUUUUAAGGUUUUCUGUCAUUAUGUCCAAAAAAGAUUAGUAAAGGUUCAAAGACUGAGCUAUGAACUAGUUUAGCCAUGUACCAUUCGUCGGGUUGUAAGCAACAAAUCGGUGCACCUGUAAAUAAAAAACGAAAAAAAUCUGAAAAAUUGGUCUACAGGAGAAGUUUUUCAACCCCCCCAGAGAAAAAAACCUAAUAAUUUAAUUUUUUUGCCUUAAAGUUAACGUGUUUAAGAUUGAAUACAUUGGCAAAAAACGGAACUAUAUUUUUCGUUGUACAAUCUCUGCAUCCUGCUUUAUUUGGAGUUUGAUUUGGUUGCACUCGAUUUUCAAUUGGUAA